AGUUUCCUCUGCCAAUAUUAAAGUGUCUCAUUCCACAACCCUUCAAACCCCUGAAGGCUGAAGCCACCUUUCUCUCUGCAUCAUCAUCCCCAUUGAUACACUUCUCAAAAAUGCUGCAAAAACAAGCAGGAGUUGCUGCAUGGCUUUUUUCCGCCAUUGUUAUGAUCUUGGGUGUUGUAAAUGCUGAGGACCCUUACAGGUUCUUCAACUGGAAUGUCACCUAUGGCAACAUUUAUCCCCUUGGUGUUCGUCAACAGGGAAUUCUCAUCAACGGCCAGUUUCCCGGGCCUGAAAUAUACUCUGUUACCAAUGACAAUUUAAUCAUAAAUGUUCAUAACAGCUUACCAGAACCUUUCCUCUUGUCAUGGAACGGGCUUCAGCAGAGGAGAAAUUCUUACCAAGAUGGAGUGUAUGGAACCACAUGCCCCAUCCCUCCAGGCAAAAACUUCACCUACACACUACAGGUGAAGGAUCAAAUAGGCAGCUUUUUCUACUUCCCAUCUCUUGCAUUCCACAAGGCAGCUGGUGGCUUUGGGGCUAUAAAAAUCCUCAGCAGGCCUAGGAUUCCUGUCCCAUUCCCUGAACCUGCUGGAGAUUACUCUCUUCUCAUUGGAGAUUGGUACAAGACUAAUCACACGAAAUUGAAGACCAUCUUAGAUCGUGGCCAUAGGCUUCCCUUCCCCGAUGCUAUUCUAAUCAAUGGUCGAGGGGCAAAUGCUACAUCUUUCACUUUUGAACAAGGAAAAACCUAUAGGCUUAGGAUAUCAAAUGUGGGUCUCCAAAAUUCACUCAACUUCAGGAUUCAGGGCCACAAGAUGAAGCUUGUUGAGGUUGAGGGCACCCACACGAUGCAAACCACCUUCUCUGAGCUUGACAUCCAUGUAGGCCAAUCUUAUUCGGUGCUCGUCACGGCGGACCAGCCGGCUCAGGACUACUUCGUCGCAGUCUCGACCCGUUUCACUAGACGGGUACUCACCACUACUGCCACCCUUCACUACAGCAACUCCAAACGACCCGUUUCUGGCGAAAUUCCCGGCGGACCGACCACCCAAAUAGCUUGGUCUCUUAAUCAGGCUCGUGCAAUCAGGACCAACCUUACUGCAAGUGGACCAAGACCUAACCCACAGGGAUCAUACCACUAUGGUCUAAUUAACAUUUCCAGGACCAUCAAGCUGGAGAGCUCGGCUGCACAAGUUGAUGCCAAGCAAAGAUAUGCAGUCAAUAGUGUGUCUUUUGUCCCUGCUGACACUCCCCUGAAGAUUGCAGAUUACUUCAAGAUUGGUGGUGUUUUUCGUGUAGGAAGCAUCUCUGAUAAUCCUACUGGUAAAAAGAUGUACCUUGACACUUCAGUUAUGGGUGCCGACUAUAGAGCCUUUGUUGAGAUCGUUUUUCAGAACCAUGAGAACAUUGUCCAGAGCUGGCACAUUGAUGGAUACUCCUUCUGGGUUGUUGGAAUGGACGGAGGAGUGUGGACGCCAUCCACUCGAAAUCAAUACAAUCUAAGAGAUGCGGUUUCGCGUUGCACCACACAGGUAUAUCCAAACUCAUGGACUGCAAUUUACAUGGCACUUGAUAAUGUGGGGAUGUGGAAUGUGAGAAGUGAGUUUUGGGCAAGGCAAUAUCUGGGACAACAAUUCUAUCUCCGAGUGUAUUCACCUGUGGAAUCAAUAAGGGAUGAGUUCCCCAUUCCAAAGAAUGCACUUCUCUGUGGCAGGGCUGCAGGCAAACAAACAAGACCUCUGUAAACAGAGGUUGAAGAAGAAGAAGAUCAUAGAGCAAAUAUUAAUUAACCAUUACUAGAACACAUGUGAUUGACUCAACUCGAGUCUUAUUAAUUCUUUACUUUGCAAGUUUUGCUUGGUUUAUUAUUAUUAUUAUUAUUCAUACUUCUGCAAUCAAUUUCUUUAUUUGAUUUCA